ACCCUACGGCGCUCGGCCUGUUGCCACCCCAGACGGGCAAAUCCACUUCUUCUCCCCUUCACUUCCUCUUCCCAAAUCUAUUCUCCCAAAGAACCUCGACCGAAUCGAGCUUCCUUUGGCCAGAUCGCAGCCCAAGCAGCCAGAUCGGCGAAUCCAUGGCCGCCGCCGCUGCCGCUUGGGGAGCUCCGAUGUGCGCAGUGCCACCCAUGGACGCUGGGCGCGUGUUGCUGAGGGUCGCCGUCUAGUCGGACGGGGGAAGGGUACGCCGCUGGUCCUUGUCUGGGUCGCAGCCAUGGCUGUAUGGAUCUAAGUCUCCGCCGUAUUGACUCCGCAGGGAACGCGGUAGAACUGAUGGCAGAGCAAAAUUUUGAAUAUAUAAUAAUAAUAAGGGCAGGAUAGAGCGAGCAGAUUGAAGGCAGUCAGGAUUAAUAACGACGGAUAUAUGAACCAGCCGAUCUCCAAACGACGCCGUCCAGCGCCGCCAGAGGUCGGCAGCAGCAGCAUAAUUCCAGAUGAGGUGCUGCUGUUGAACAUCCUGGUGCGCCUUCCUGUGAAGUCCCUUGUGCGCUUUAAAUCUGUCUGCAAGGCGUGGUGCGCCACCAUAGCCAGCGCUCACUUUGCUCGCCUGCACUUGGAGCUUGCAAGAGCUACCAGCCCAUCAUCCAUGGUCGUAGUCCCCCGGAAGUACCAGUCGGAACCGAGAAAGGUGGCCUCUCAGUUCGUGCACAUCUAUCGCUUCCAGCCAGCAGUGCAGAGCAAGGUCGCCAAGCUCAUUAUGAUGAGCAAGCCUCGUCCCGAGUGGGGCAUCCCACGGUUCACCAUCCCGCUGCACUGCGACGGCCUGGUUCUAAUCCCCAGCAUGACAGGGCACAUAUUCGUGUGCAACCCGGCCACGAAGGAGUUCGUCGAGCUGCCGCCGGGCACCCGGAAUGUGUCGUUGGACCAAAGGGUGGCCUUUGGCUUCGAUCCCUCCAGUGGUACAUACAAGGUGGCUAGGCACUUCUUGCGCUCCUACCAUGAAGGGCAGAUACGUACAGACUACGACGUUGGCUAUGAGGUCUUGACACUUGGCGAUGGCGUAAAGAAGUUGGAAUGGAAAGCCACCAUUGAUCCACCUUACCCUAAUCAAUGCCAGGACUCCUAUUUGCUUGCCAGGAUUCUUCUAUUGGAGUGCGGUCCAGUCCGUGGCUGACGCCGACGACCACGGCAAGCUAGCCACAGAUGUUAUCCUUAGAUUCAGCAUGCGUGAUGAUACGUUCACUGUGCACCCCAAUCCUCCAUGCAGUAGCUGCCUAAGUCUCAAUGACCUCAUGUGUGAGCUAAGUGGCAAGCUGUGCUAUGUCCACUCCCCUUCCCCGUGCGAUGUCUCCAUUUGGUUAGCACAAGGUGGACAAGACACAAUAACAUGGUCACGACGUUGUCGUGUCAAUCUGCCCAUACCAAGGAUUCUUCGUGUUUAUGCUUGUGCUUCAGCUGAUCAAGAAGGCACAGUAUUCCUGUCUGUGGAUUUCCGACAUGUUUACAAGUGCAACCUCCGUGAUGGAUCUGUUGAAGCAGUAGUCAGUAUGCCAUAUGGCUUGUUCUAUGAGCACGGGGAAGGGGUAAAAUUUGUCCUUGGUUCACUCCCUUUUUCGCAUUACAUGGUGCCAUAUGUGGAAUCUUUGCUGCGUAUUGCACCAUGCUAGCUAGCCAAGUGACUGUAUGUUAUCAAUACCAAUAAUAGAAGAAAGGGUAUGCUUAAUAAUGCGUAUUGUAUGUUAUCAACAGCCUGUGGGAAGUCUCCAUUUGGUUAGCACAAGAUGGACAAAACAUAAUGGCAUGGUCGCUCACCCUUGGCUUUGUUCCCCCUGCUACCCCACCUAGCAGUUCGAACUGGAAGAUGGAGUUUCUAAAAGAUUGUGUUUCCUGAAGACGGUGUCUAGGUUGGUGUACCCCUGGUCGGCUGCCUGAAGGGAUUUUUUUUUUUGAAUAAGUGCUGCCUGAAGGGAUGGAGACCCUGCUUCGCUGUAACUUUGAUGUAAUUUUUGUUUAGACCCUCUGGUCAUUUUGUAAUAUGUACGCUUUUGUAACAAAUACUGAUUUGUAUCGCUAGGCCCCGUUCGGUUGGCUGUUCAGCCGGCUGGGGCUGGCUUUUUUUCACUGUUGCUACCCUUUGGUCAUUUUGUAAUAAGUGAGUGCAUUCGUUUU